UAUAAAAGUAACUGUUGACUUUUGACUGUGUGAUGUAUUUAUUUGUAGGUGUAGGGGUAUGUAAAUGCCGGCAUCUAGUGGUGAUUUAAUGGUGUUGCACUCAGAAAAAGGAAAAAACUGUUUUUUUUAAAAAAAAGCACUUAUAUGGGUGCAUAUAAAUGCACUUAUUAUUGUGAUUUGGAGCACUUAAUGUUUUUUAUUCUAUAUUGAGAUUUUAUUGGUUUGAUUUUGUGUAUAUAGUUUGAUACAGCACUUAUACAUUCCUUUUUCUGAGUAUUGGUAACCAUGGUAACCGCUGGGACGGCAUAGAUAGAAGGAAGAAAGGGUUUAUGUAACACCCGCUAUUGGCACUUACCUGCUCUUUCUCCAUUUAUUGUAUACGGGAUCCAAAAAGGAAAAAUAGAAUUUUGAUUUUUGAUUCAUUAAACUUUUUUAUACUUACCUUAAUACUUACCUUAAUACUUACCUAAUCCGGCCAACGAAUAGAUUUCUAGGUUAAUCCAGAAUCGAAAGACGACCACGGGAUCUCUGGGUGCCUGAAAAGGAGAAAAACAGAAAGAAGAGAGAAGAAUAUUAAUAAUCCUCUCUUCUUUUUCUAAAUUUAACAUCUUCUUACUUACCUGGAUUCCGGACCCCGCCCUCUGUUCUAAACUUAACCCCUCCCAAUUGAAGGGACAGUCACCCCUACUGAAAAUUGACCCUAGAUAGUACUGACCCUAAAGGUUUUUAACCCUAAUGAUUAUUAUGUAUAAUAAUUUGAUUUUAUUUACAGAGGGGAUGGCCUGAAAUGCCACCAUCUGGAGGAGUCCUUUGGGUACUGCACCCAGAGGAAGAGGGAACCGUUUUGCAGCACUUCUAUUUUAGUGUAUUUAAUUUGUAAAUAGUUUUAAUUGUAAAUAGUUUGUUGUUAUAUUUGAUUUUACUGCAUGUUUUUUUAAAGCACUUAUAGGUUCCCUCUUCUUCUGGCUUAUGUAUCCAAGGACUACAGUGGAGAAUUUUGGAAAGGGCGAAAGGAAGGGGCGAAUUCCGAGACAGGAAGUAAAGAUUUUUUUUCUUUCAGGACCAAAAUGUGGAAAUUAAGGUAAUUUUUAUUAAUUUGUGGCCAUUAUGUAUGUAUAUGUAAAAUUUAGGAAAAUAUAGUUAAUUGUUGGGACCUAAUUAUUGAUCGUUUUUAAUGAACCAAUUUUUGGAUUUUAUUGAAAGUAUAUUUUUUUAAUAGGGAUAUUAUUCCCCCCAAAAAUACUAUUAGAAUUUUUUAUUUUUAUUAAAAAAAUUUUUUUAAAACGAUACUUACCAGGAAGGUUUUUUGAUAUUGAGUUUCUGUGCCAGUGCACGCACAUUCCGUAGGAAUGCGCUUCCUUUUAUACCAACUAACCAUAGCCAGAGCCAGACAGAGAAGUAUAUAAAUUCUUAAAAUUCCUUACCUGUGAAACCAGACCGCGUGGGACGAUCGCCAAAAGUUUGUUUAGCCCGGAAUGGGAACCGGAAGGGUGGGACUUCUACGAAAAUACUUCCGGUAAAAACGGGGUCUCCCGGAAAUAAAAGUCCAUGCAAAAAAGUUUGACAGCACACCCUCUGAUGAAGCCGAUCCAGGCGAAACGUCAGGCUGCUGUCCUCAUUCUCCUCCUGUGGACUUCAGGUUUUUGAAACAUUUUUUAUCUAAUAUUUUUGGUCUACUUUUUUGGACUCACCUUGGAAAAACGUCGACUAUCCCCGUCACGGCAGAGAAGACUCCUGGACCUCGAAUGACCCUCGCCCCCUUGUUUCAAGCUUCUGUGAACAGUAAGGACUACAGUGGAGAAUUUUGGAAAGGGCGAAAGGAAGGGGCGAAUUCCGAGACAGGAAGUAAAGAUUUUUUUUCUUUCAGGACCAAAAUGUGGAAAUUAAGGUAAUUUUUAUUAAUUUGUGGCCAUUAUGUAUGUAUAUGUAAAAUUUAGGAAAAUAUAGUUAAUUGUUGGGACCUAAUUAUUGAUCGUUUUUAAUGAACCAAUUUUUGGAUUUUAUUGAAAGUAUAUUUUUUUAAUAGGGAUAUUAUUCCCCCCAAAAAUACUAUUAGAAUUUUUUAUUUUUAUUAAAAAAAUUUUUUUAAAACGAUACUUACCAGGAAGGUUUUUUGAUAUUGAGUUUCUGUGCCAGUGCACGCACAUUCCGUAGGAAUGCGCUUCCUUUUAUACCAACUAACCAUAGCCAGAGCCAGACAGAGAAGUAUAUAAAUUCUUAAAAUUCCUUACCUGUGAAACCAGACCGCGUGGGACGAUCGCCAAAAGUUUGUUUAGCCCGGAAUGGGAACCGGAAGGGUGGGACUUCUACGAAAAUACUUCCGGUAAAAACGGGGUCUCCCGGAAAUAAAAGUCCAUGCAAAAAAGUUUGACAGCACACCCUCUGAUGAAGCCGAUCCAGGCGAAACGUCAGGCUGCUGUCCUCAUUCUCCUCCUGUGGACUUCAGGUUUUUGAAACAUUUUUUAUCUAAUAUUUUUGGUCUACUUUUUUGGACUCACCUUGGAAAAACGUCGACUAUCCCCGUCACGGCAGAGAAGACUCCUGGACCUCGAAUGACCCUCGCCCCCUUGUUUCAAGCUUCUGUGAACAGUAAGGACUACAGUGGAGAAUUUUGGAAAGGGCGAAAGGAAGGGGCGAAUUCCGAGACAGGAAGUAAAGAUUUUUUUUCUUUCAGGACCAAAAUGUGGAAAUUAAGGUAAUUUUUAUUAAUUUGUGGCCAUUAUGUAUGUAUAUGUAAAAUUUAGGAAAAUAUAGUUAAUUGUUGGGACCUAAUUAUUGAUCGUUUUUAAUGAACCAAUUUUUGGAUUUUAUUGAAAGUAUAUUUUUUUAAUAGGGAUAUUAUUCCCCCCAAAAAUACUAUUAGAAUUUUUUAUUUUUAUUAAAAAAAUUUUUUUAAAACGAUACUUACCAGGAAGGUUUUUUGAUAUUGAGUUUCUGUGCCAGUGCACGCACAUUCCGUAGGAAUGCGCUUCCUUUUAUACCAACUAACCAUAGCCAGAGCCAGACAGAGAAGUAUAUAAAUUCUUAAAAUUCCUUACCUGUGAAACCAGACCGCGUGGGACGAUCGCCAAAAGUUUGUUUAGCCCGGAAUGGGAACCGGAAGGGUGGGACUUCUACGAAAAUACUUCCGGUAAAAACGGGGUCUCCCGGAAAUAAAAGUCCAUGCAAAAAAGUUUGACAGCACACCCUCUGAUGAAGCCGAUCCAGGCGAAACGUCAGGCUGCUGUCCUCAUUCUCCUCCUGUGGACUUCAGGUUUUUGAAACAUUUUUUAUCUAAUAUUUUUGGUCUACUUUUUUGGACUCACCUUGGAAAAACGUCGACUAUCCCCGUCACGGCAGAGAAGACUCCUGGACCUCGAAUGACCCUCGCCCCCUUGUUUCAAGCUUCUGUGAACAGUAAGGACUACAGUGGAGAAUUUUGGAAAGGGCGAAAGGAAGGGGCGAAUUCCGAGACAGGAAGUAAAGAUUUUUUUUCUUUCAGGACCAAAAUGUGGAAAUUAAGGUAAUUUUUAUUAAUUUGUGGCCAUUAUGUAUGUAUAUGUAAAAUUUAGGAAAAUAUAGUUAAUUGUUGGGACCUAAUUAUUGAUCGUUUUUAAUGAACCAAUUUUUGGAUUUUAUUGAAAGUAUAUUUUUUUAAUAGGGAUAUUAUUCCCCCCAAAAAUACUAUUAGAAUUUUUUAUUUUUAUUAAAAAAAUUUUUUUAAAACGAUACUUACCAGGAAGGUUUUUUGAUAUUGAGUUUCUGUGCCAGUGCACGCACAUUCCGUAGGAAUGCGCUUCCUUUUAUACCAACUAACCAUAGCCAGAGCCAGACAGAGAAGUAUAUAAAUUCUUAAAAUUCCUUACCUGUGAAACCAGACCGCGUGGGACGAUCGCCAAAAGUUUGUUUAGCCCGGAAUGGGAACCGGAAGGGUGGGACUUCUACGAAAAUACUUCCGGUAAAAACGGGGUCUCCCGGAAAUAAAAGUCCAUGCAAAAAAGUUUGACAGCACACCCUCUGAUGAAGCCGAUCCAGGCGAAACGUCAGGCUGCUGUCCUCAUUCUCCUCCUGUGGACUUCAGGUUUUUGAAACAUUUUUUAUCUAAUAUUUUUGGUCUACUUUUUUGGACUCACCUUGGAAAAACGUCGACUAUCCCCGUCACGGCAGAGAAGACUCCUGGACCUCGAAUGACCCUCGCCCCCUUGUUUCAAGCUUCUGUGAACAGUAAGGAGGCGCAACAGCAUGCGGACCUGAAAACAGUGGAAGGUGAGAACAUGGUCGCCGAUCGUGUCGAAACCUACGCACAGGCUUUGAAGAAAGGUCUGAAAUCAAAAGGUGAACCGGCGCAAAAACAGGUAUUGCGUAAUCCAAUUUGGACGUCGAAGCAGGUCAUUCCUUCUCUACAAUGUGUCAGAAACGAUCCGUUGCCACAGAGACGAGAGCGGCGGGAGCGGAGCAAGAAGGACGAACCACCGAGGGCUGGGAGCCAAGACUUGCUACGGAAGCGAAAUGAAAAUUUUAAUUGUGUUAAGACAAUAAAUUGUAAUAAAAUGACUAAACAAAGUGAAAAUGCAAGCUUGUUAGAUUUACCGUUAGAUCUCCCAAUAGAUGUACCAGUAGGUGAUUGGCCCACGGGUCCUACAAAUGAAAACCUCGUACACAUUGAUUUUAAACAAAAUCAGAAUAAGUCUGAUGUUAUACUUACCGAACGUGUGGAAAAAUUUGCGGAAAGGGACCCGAGUGGUCCAGAAAAGACGUUACUUACCAAUACCGCAUCCGAACCGGCUGUUGAAUCUGAAAAAGAAAAAGUAAAAGAGAAAGUUACGGAGGGUGAAAUAAGUCUUAUGAAUUUUGACGAAGAAACUAUUAAAAAUAGUGUGACGCCUAUUAUGAUAGGCCGAAUUCGUCCAAAACCUAAUACGCUACUUGCUACGGAUAGCAGGAUACUUACCAGUACACCUAAUGCUUCAUCUGUGGAAACCGGAAAACAAAAAAUCGUACUUACCAAACCGGAUAAAAAAAUUACCGAAAAUAAUGAAAUAUCUAUCAAAUCUAGCGAGACGUUACGUACGGAUAAUCAGUGUACGCUUCAGAAAAAAACAAUUCUUUCCAAUUCGGACAGUCUUAAUUCCUCCCCGGUAGUUACAAAAAUACUUACCGCGCUUCCGCCAUGGAUCCCGUCAGACGCUAAAAAGAGUGAACUUAAACAAUUAAUAUCAUUAGAGGAGGAGGAAAAAAUAGCGGAGGAAAAUUUAGAUCAACUAUUGCGUGUACUUUCUCCCUCGUCAGUUGCCAUGGGGAUGGAAGCUCCGAUUGGGAAAAAGACACUCCACCCAGAAAACGAACAUAUUGCCGUAUUGGAGGCGGGAGAGGAGUCUAGUGUAGAUUCUGAUUUUUCUUCCUCCCCUAUACUGGUUAAUUGCGAACAAGGGAGUUCGGAACCUAUGCGCCAUCAAAUUACGCAAAAAAAGAUAGUGGAUUGGACAGUACAAAUACGGAAACCGAUUGUCUUUCUUGGCGAUUCCAAUUUAUCCAGAAUUCCGCCAUUCUUUCAUAAUUCAAUACAAGUAGAUAGUUAUCCUGGAGCUACGUUUCACCAUAUUCGCGAAAUAUUGGAAAAAACACACGAGGAAUAUCACAUGACUCAAAAAGUUAUUCUCUCAUUAGGCUUAAACAACUGUCUUAGCACUCAAACUACGACUACAACUUGCAAACAAUUGCAGCAAUUGGUCCGGACUUGUGAGAGGAAAUUUCCUUGUGCGGAAAUUUAUAUUCCAGUGAUCCAUUAUUCGGAUUUAUUGCCGUCAAUUACACAGCAAAAAUUGGAGAAGGUCAACAAGGUCAUUAUGGAAAAAUAUUCUUUUUUGAAUGACAUUAAUAAAUUGAUUUUUAAAGUCAACCCCCGUGAUCCGGUUCAUUGGACUGCUGAAACAGCUCAGAUGAUUUUUAGCUCUUGGAUUGAACAAUUAAACUACAUAUAGAGGAGAAUGCAAUUUCACCUCCGUAUCGCUCGACAGAUUUAUUUAAAGCAACACUAGGUCACUUUUCUAUGGAGCUUGGAAAAAGUCCGAAAAAAUUAAAAUCAAGUAAUAUUACUAAUCUUUCCUCGAAAUUUCGUCUCACAAAUAUGGAACAACAGCUUUUGGAAAAAGGUUUGACAUAUAUACCCACUCCUAAAUUGAUAGAUAAAAAGGACCUUAAAAGAGAUUUAUUUCUAUAUCAUCGACGGCUUAAACUUUUGGAUUAUUUUGGCUUUCAUAAUCAAUUUAGGUCAUUACCGUUCACAGAUAAAUCGAAUUGGUCUCCAGCAGAGGGUCUUCUCUCACCAGCUGUGAAAGAAUUGAUUAUAAAAGAUAAGGAAAUUUUUGGGGAGGCGAGACCCAAGGUUGCGUCCAGGCUGAAUUUGAAGCCGGAGGAGCUGAAGGCCUUGCAUUCCUUAAAGAGAAAUCAGGAUAUUGUUAUCAAACCAGCUGAUAAGGGUUCGCAAAUUGUUAUUAUGGACCGUUCUGACUAUAUAAAGGAAGCCAUGAGACAACUUACAAAUUCAAAACAUUAUAUUCCGUUAGCACAUUCCAUUCAAACGCAGUCGGCUGCUCUAUUUAAACUUGUCCUGCAAGACAUGAAGGACAAUGGUUAUAUUACUCAUAAACAAUUCUGUUACUUAUUAGGUCCAAAUCCACCGAGAGCUCGUCAAUUCUAUCUUCUUCCAAAAAUUCAUAAACCUCCACAUACGUGGACAGUACCAGGGAUUAUUCCACCAGGCAGGCCUAUAGUUAGCGAUUGUAGUUCAGAGUCGUACAGAAUUGCGGAAUAUAUUGAUGCGGCGAUUAAUCCUUUGUCCCAAAAUCAUAAGAGUUACAUCAAAGAUACAUACGAUUUUAUUAAUAAAUUGGAAUUAUUGACAGUACCGGAAACAUCUUUUUUGUUUUCCAUAGAUAUAACGUCAUUAUAUACUAACAUUGAUACUCAUUUAGGUUUGCAGGCGGUGGCGCAGAUCUUUCGGGAAAACCCGGACCGCAAUAGACCGGAUCAGGCUCUCCUAAAACUCUUAGAACUAAGCCUAACGCGUAAUGAUUUUGUUUUUAAUGAUCGUUUUUAUUUACAAAUUCAUGGGACCGCGAUGGGGAAGAAAUUUGCCCCGGCUUAUGCUAAUUUAUAUAUGAAAAUGUGGGAGGAAUCUGUAUUUGAGAAAUGUUUACAACUUCCGUUAGUAUAUUAUAGGUAUUUGGAUGACAUUUUUGGUAUAUGGCCUUAUUCUAAGGAAGAAUUUGCGACCUUUAUUGAGGUUUUAAAUGCUCAUCAUACAGCCAUAAAAGUAACUGCAAAUUUACAAGAACACCAAAUACAAUUUUUGGAUACUGAGGUAUUUUUUAUUCGUCAUGAAGAGAGGGACACUAAGUCCUUGGGGACUAGAGUAUUUUUUAAGGAUACAGACAGACAUGCUUUAUUGCAUAAGACAAGUUUUCACCCGAAGCAUACUUUUAAGGGUAUUAUUAAGUCCCAAUUAAUUAGAUUUAAUAGGAUUUGUACCUACCAGAAAGACGUCGAAAUAGCAACACGUACACUGUUCAGGGCUCUCAGACCUAGGGGUUAUACCAAAAGAUUCCUACGACAAAUCAAAAAAGAAGUUAGGGAGGAAUUAGGCACAAUUAAACAAAUUAAAAAAAAUAAUAAAAAAAGUCAAAAAAAUACUCACCUGGUGCCGUUUGUCACUACGUUUUCGAAUUUGUCUAGACCUAUAGUAAUGGGUCUAAAAAAGAAUUUUAAUGAAUGGAAAAAGGAACGCCCUAAUUGGCAGGAUUGCCAAGUUUUACCUGCUUAUAGAAGAAACAAAAAUUUGGGCGAUAUUCUUGUACAUUCUAAAUUACGGGCCCUAAAACAGAAAGAGAGUGUACUGGAAUGGACUCCGACCGCAAUUUUUAAACCUCUUCCGAUUUUAACAAAUAUUUUUUCAAAACUGAGCCGUCCGAUUUUACAAGAUAUCUCUUUGGACACAAUAAAUGUCAUUUAUGGCCUUAGGUGUAGACACUGUCAAAGGAUUUAUAUAGGGGAAACAGGCAGAAUGCUGAAGGCCAGAUUAAAACAGCAUAUAUAUGAAAUAACGAAAGGAAAAGCUACGGAAUAUCUGUAUGUACAUUUCAGAGAACAAGGUAUAGAAAAUUUACAGGCAUUUGGUCUACAGUCAAACAUAACAUGGUCACAAUUACAAAGACGUCGAAAUGAAAGGAUAUGGAUCAAAUCAUUGAAAACAUUGAGGCCAUAUGGACUGAAUGACAGAUAAAUGUGGGAAUGAGCAGGAAACUAGUUUCUCUUUGAUGGGAGUUACGUAAUUUUGUAAUUGAAUUGGGGUUUAAUUGGAUUAUUUAAAUUUGGGGACCUGUCUAAUUAAGACAGGAUUUCUGUUUUUGUAGGUUAUAAAUUU